ACAAUGGUUUAGUCAUGUUGAAAAGGCACGGACAUUUUCACAGGUAGUCCUACUUUAAGAGAUCCUUUCAUGCACGCUAAGGAUGCUUAAAAGAAAGGAAAACAAACCUUGCUACUAUUUAUUAGAAGGGUCUAAGGUACAAAAAUAAAAUUAUCCCAGUAACGAUUUCUUUAAACAUUUACCCGUUUGGUGCCAGCGUCAGAGCGAAGACAUAUAUUUAAUUAAACAAUUAUAACUUAAAAACAUAAUAAAAAUGGCAUCCCCGCAAAAAAAGGCCGGCUUCGAACGCAUAUUAAAAGAAAUGAAGGACCAACAGGUUGUUCUACUUGACGAAAUUCGGGAAGAAGAAGAAUUGCUUCGAAAAUCAAUGGAAUUAAUUCUAACAUCUAAGGAGAAAAUUGCAACGAAGAAACUAGCCUUACAAGAUAGACUAUUCAUUACAGAGCUACUGGAGCAAAAACUUUAUGACCUUCGUGUUGCUCCACAAAAUAGCCAACGGGAAAUAGAUGAACCUGAAUCCGUGGAGGGAGAUGUGAGAGUCGCUACCCCACCCACACGUAGAUCGUCAGGUACCGGAAAUUUUGUCGGAGUUAACGGCACCCAUGUGGGCGAUAAUAGUAGAGCCUUUGACUACAAUAUGGGAACUAUCAGUGUGGCAAAUAGACUUGCUUCCAAUUGAACAGUUCUGCAGCCAGGACGCCAAUUUCACUACCCUUGUCUGGAGAAAUUGUUGCCGCUAUAGUGGAUGUAGUGCGCCAAUAUCUACAAAAAUAAUUUAUGUAGGGAUAUGCCACACCCCAUUCAAUUAAUUAUUUCAUUUCAAUUUUUGAUGUCUCAUAAUCUCAUAAUUUGGGGUCAAUUUAAUUUCCAGAAAAUCGAUUUCUCUUUCAAUUUCGUGUAGGGCUUUCGGCCUUGUAUGUAUGUAUACAGCUAUCGUAUCUACACUAAUUUUAGUUGAAUACCUCAGCUCUUUUUAUUCAUUACGUGAAAUAGUUUAAUUCAAUAUAUACAAAUUCAUGUGUCAAAAUUCUCGUAAAUAUUUAAAAUGAUGCAUAUAUUUUUUUGUACAGCGUUCGUAUUUAGGUUCACCUGUCAAGAUAAUUUAUGAAGUAUUCCGAGUUUUCAAUAAAUCUUUAAAAUAUUCACAUA